AUGUCUGCAACGACCGCGUACGGCAACAACACCGUCGAUAAGGGCUACUCCAGCGGUAGCGAAGAUGGACAAGCCGCAGGCCAGCGAAAGGCGCUGGCUCCAACCAACGGGCCUUCAGCAUUACCCCUGCCGCCGACUUCGGAUUAUCUGGCUCAACCAGCGGGUGGCCUGCUCAAAGGAGCCACCGAUGAAAACGGCAACCUCAAGCCCGCGGCGCUCAUGGUCGGCAUCAAGCUUGAUCUCGAGGCAGAGGUCCAUUUGACAGCCCGUGUUCGAGGCGACAUCACAAUUGGCCUGUAUUGA